CCGACCCUCCCAUCAUGGCCGCCUCCAUGUGCGACGUGUUCGCCUUUUGUACGAGGCCGGAGGAUGCCCGCCGGUUGGCGGAGGUCCGCUUCAUCAACACUGGCAAGGGAAAGGGACUGUUUGCCACCCGGAGUAUCCGGAAAGGGGAGACGAUAUUUCGGGAGAAGCCUUUGGUGUCGUCUCAGUUUCAGUGGAACGCGCUGUACAGGUAUAGAGCUUGCGACCACUGCCUGCGAUCCCUGGAGACGGCCGAGGAGAACGCCCAAAGACUCUCUGGGAAUGUCCAUGUCGUCCUGCCGUACCCUGAACUCUGCGCUGUACAGAACGGGCUGCACCAGCAGUGUCCUCGGUGCCAGGUGUCCUACUGCAGCGCCGAGUGCCUGGAAGCUGCAGCAGAGCAGUACCACCAGGUCCUGUGUCUGGGGCCGUCCCGGGAUAACCCUUCGCAUCCCUUGAACAAGCUGGAAGAGGCCUGGCGAAAUAUGCACUACCCUCCAGAGACAGCCAGUAUUAUGCUGACGGCUAGAAUGGUGGCCACCAUCAAACAGGCCAAGGACAGAGACCGCUGGCUUCAGCUUUUCUCCCAGUUCUGCAGCAAGACGGCCAACGAAGAGGAGGAGAUCGUCCACAAGCUGCUUGGAGACAAGUUCAAGGGACAGCUGGACCAGCUCCGCAAGCUUUUCACGGACGCCCUGUAUGAAGAGCGAGUGAGCCGGUGGUUCACGCCAGAAGGCUUCCGCUCCCUGUUCGCUCUUAUCGGAACCAACGGGCAGGGAAUCGGCACGAGCUCCCUGAGCCAGUGGGUUCACGCCUGCGACGCUUUGGACCUCCCGGCCCGGGAGAGGGAGCAGCUGGACCUCCUCAUAGACCAACUGUACAAAGACAUAGAGAAAGAGACCGGCGAGUUCCUGAACUGCGAGGGGUCCGGGCUGUACAUGCUGCAGAGCUGCUGUAACCACAGCUGUGUGCCGAACGCCGAGGCUUCUUUUCCGGAAAACAACUUUCUGCUUCAUCUGACGGCCGUCGAGGACAUCCAGCCCGGGGAGGAAAUUUGCAUCAGUUACCUGGACUGCUGCCAGAGAGACCGGAGCCGCCACAGUCGACACAAAAUUCUCAGGGAAAAUUACCUCUUUGUUUGCUCGUGCCCCAAGUGCCUUUCCCAAGCAGAUGAUCCCGACGCGACGUCCGACGAGGAGGAGGAGGAAGACGCCGAGCUGGACGGCGAGGCGGACGACGCCGAGCUGGAGGACGAGAUGACGGACGUGUAAAAAAGGCCAGAUUCAUCGAGUAAUGCCCGACCUGCGUUAUCAAAAAGUACAGAUCCGGAG